CUAGUGCUGAGAAGCGUUGUUGGCUGGCAACAAGCACUAGAUCGGGAUGGCAAAGAGGGGAGCAGGGGAACUAAAAAGUAAAGACCGUUGACGGCCAUUACGUCAACGUCGACUCGAUAGAGAGAACCAAAAACCAACGAUUCUAGUAAACAAAACGACAAAGAAAUAACUAAUUAACUAUCAAACGAAAUCCAUGGAGUUGCACCAUACCUGUGCAAAGAUAAAAAUGCGCACUCACCCCCUACCCUAAUCACACUGAAUUUAGAACAUUCCCUACGCUACCCUGCGCCGGAUUUCCCCCAUCUUCUCUCUCUUUCUCUGUCUAAUGGCCACUUCUCUGCAAGUAAACCGCUUCUGCAUCCGCGCCGCUUACGAUAAUUUCGGCGGAAAAUCCGGAGCUCUAAGUUUCCGGAAGCCUCUCACCGUCAGAUGCUCCGGUGAUGUUGCUUCUUCCUCUUCCGUAGCUGUGGAUCUCGAUAACUUCGAUGCCAAGACUUUUCGACAUGACUUGACGAGGAGCAAGAAUUAUAACCGGAAGGGGUUCGGUCACAAGGAGGAAACACUCGAGCUUAUGAAUCAGGAGUACACUAGUGAUAUCAUAAAAAAGUUGAAGGAAAAUGGAAACGAGUAUACAUGGGGAAAUGUUAGGGUAAAAUUGGCUGAAGCAUAUGGUUUUUGCUGGGGAGUUGAGAGAGCUGUCCAAAUCGCUUAUGAAGCCAGAAAACAGUUUCCCUAUGAGAAAAUUUGGCUUACAAAUGAAAUUAUCCACAAUCCAACUGUUAAUAAGCGAUUAGAGGAGAUGGAAGUUGAAGUUAUUCCAAUUGAAGAAGGGAAAAAACAGUUUGAUGUAGUGAACAAGAGUAAUGUUGUGGUUUUCCCUGCGUUUGGAGCUGGAGUUGACGAGAUGUUGACCUUGAAUGAGAAAAAUGUACAAAUUGUUGAUACAACUUGUCCUUGGGUAGCUAAGGUAUGGAACACUGUGGAGAAGCACAAGAAAGGAGACUACACAUCAAUUAUCCAUGGUAAAUAUGCUCACGAGGAGACAAUCGCGACUGCAUCUUUUGCUGGAGCAUAUAUCAUUGUGAAGAAUAUGACUGAGGCAAUAUAUGUUUGUGAUUACAUUCUUGGAGGCGAACUCGAUGGAUCUAGCUCAACCAAAGAGGCAUUUAUGGAGAAAUUUAAAUAUGCCACUUCAAAGGGAUUUGAUCCAGAUCGUGACCUGGUAAAAGUUGGCAUUGCGAAUCAAACAACAAUGCUGAAGGGAGAGACAGAGGAAAUUGGAAAAUUAGUAGAGAGGACAAUGAUGCAAAAAUAUGGAGUGGAAAAUGUCAAUGAUCACUUUAUAAGCUUUAACACAAUUUGUGAUGCAACACAAGAAAGACAAGAUGCAAUGUAUAAGUUGGUGGAGGAAAACCUGGAUCUUAUGUUAGUAGUCGGUGGGUGGAACUCAAGCAACACCUCACAUCUUCAAGAAAUUUCAGAGGACCAUGGGAUCCCCUCAUAUUGGAUUGACAGUGAGCAGAGAAUAGGUCCAGGAAACAGAAUAGCUCACAAAUUGAAACAUGGGGAGCUGGUUGAGACAGAAAACUGGCUACCAGAGGGUCCCAUCACAAUUGGUGUUACAUCUGGUGCCUCCACACCAGAUAAGGUUGUCGAGGAGGCCCUCAUCAAGGUGUUUGAUAUAAAACGCGAAGAAUUGUUGCGGGUAGUAUAAAUAUAGGUUUACAGAGGUGCAUCAGCCUUUGAUGCUUGUUUGGUAUGCACAAUCUUGUCAAUAUAAUUAAAACAGCGAAAUAGCAUGUACCCUUGAACUCUAAUGCUGUAUGUUACUGUAUAUAUUCUUAUUUAUUUAUGAUAUAUGUAAACUUUGAGUACCCAUUUCACAGUA